AUGAGUGCAAUUCGUGACAACGAGAACUUCGAGCCUAUCCAGGUGCUCAUCACACUGCAUGAUAACAUGAGUCUCCUGGAUAUGGCUGGUCCAUUGCAGGUUCUCAAUCAUGCUCAGCACGACAUCAAUGAUGCAGACACCAAAGCCUUUGAUUUCACCUUUGCUGCUCCCGAUCAAUCUGUCAUGACCAAGCAAGGCGUCGCACUCGAGGCACAGAUCUCCCUCAAAGAAGCCCUACAACGUCUUAAGGAGUUCGACGUUCUCGUUGUCCCUGGCGGUGAUGCCACCGAAAUUGUCAAGAAGGAGGGGCAACCAAUACCACUCAUCUCCGCCUUUUCUGACCUCCAGACUGCGGAUCCCAGCCGAGAGAGAACCCUCCUGGCGGUCGAUACCGCCGCCUUGUUCCUUGCUAAGGCAGGUCUUCUGCAAGGUCUCGGGGCUACCACCCACCCCGACUUCUACAUUAAACUCGAACAUGCUUGUCAAGAGGCAGCGGCCAAUGACACGCAAGAACGCACAGAUGUCAUGGAAGAGCGCUAUGUGGUCAACAACGCCCGCUUCGAUCUAGGCGAAGAUAUGGAAGAGAACCCCUACGUGUUCAACAAGACUCGUACCAAGUCGACCGCUCGCAAGGGUAGUCUUGCGCGCAAAGAGAGCAAUGCGAAGCGUGAGAAUAUCGUCCGUCGCCAGAGCAUGAAGCUCGGUGGCAUGAGAGUCAUCACCAGUGGCGGAGCUGUUAGUGGCCUGGACGCGGCGUUGUACCUUGUUUCUGCUUUGGUCAGCCACGACUCUGCCCAAGAGGUGGCUAGGCUCUUGCAAUAUGAUUGGGUCAAGGGUGUUGUUGUUGAUGCUAUUGAUGUCUAA